AUUAUUACUAUUAUUACGAUUGCUUGCUAAACAUUUGUCAUUUAGCCGCUAUCCCCGCUUCUCCCUGUGCGCGCGUGUAUGCAUGUGUGCGUGUGCGUGUGUUUUGGAUGUGGUUUUGUCUAUUGUUGGCAUGAAACCGGAGGGUGGGGGGAAAUACAUCUUUCUCCCGUACGAGAUGUGAUUCCAUUCAGCUUCCUUCCCCCAACCCUCCCCACCCCUUUUCCACCCCAUCAUUUCUUUUUAAACCCGCAACACUUCUCAGUAGAUCCAUUUCUCAGGCUCAUUUUUCCCGAAAGAAAGAUGAAAGACGUGUAAGUAGGGAGAGAGGAAAAGGAGUGAAGAAGAUGGAAGGGGGGAAAAAAAAAAAAAAAAAAAAAGAGGAAAUGUGCUACUGUAUCUCCUCUUCCCUGUGUUUUCCGGUGCCCCGGAGUGUGCUUCUGUGAGAGAUCUGGCCUUGUUUUCAUUCCAUGCGUUCAAAGCAAAGUUUGUGACUGAACCGUGUUUCUGUACUUCUGUCGUUUCUUUCUAUCUUUCUUUUUUUUUUUUUUUAAGCUCACUGCUCAUUUUAUUUCUUCAUCAAACUCCACCCUCUCCUUAAAGCCUACAUACAAACCUCGAUUUGUAACCUAUUUACCGGUUCUUCUCAUUUUAGAAGUAUCCGCAGCCUGCAUCUGGCAGCGGACUCCCCACCAUUUCCAACUGCUCUGCUAUCUCUUUUUUUCCUCCUCCUUUUCAAGAGUUGCUGUGCUUUUCCUUGAGUUCAGACUCAUUCUCGUGUAGGGAGAUUUCCUGCCCUCCUUUCCUCUCGAAACGUAUUUUCUCGGUUUAUAGUUAAAGUUUACCUUGUGACUGUCGUUAAAGAUGUCCUAGAGUUACAUCAGAGAAAUAGUCAGUUUUGCAGAGCGGGGAUUGCUACUGCCUUAAUUGGUUUUUAAAUUAUAUUUUAUAUGCCACAAGAAAAGGAAUGAACCUGCAACAGAUCUGAAAGAGCUCAUAAAUAUGACGGCUCCAUCGGUAGCUUCAGAAGCUGUUGUUAGGUGUCUAGAGGAGUGGGGAGAAGAAAAAAGAAAAAAAAGGGAAAGAGGAAAAAAAAAGUGAGACUUCUGCUCGCAGUUAAACGAAAAAUAACUGCCAAGUUUACAAGCAGAUUGAAGAGGGAGAGGAGGGCUGGAGGGCAGCAGCAGAGGGGUCCAGCCCGGGAGGCGAAGAGGGUUCGUUGGGGAAGAAAAGAGAAAGUUGAGAAAAAUGUGGCACGCCGGAAAGAUGAGUGAUCUGCGUGUGCGGGUGUGUGCCAGCGAGCGUGUGCGGGUGUGCGUGUGCGUGUCUGUGUGUGCAGGGAAUAAGCCUGAGUAGCCGUAGCUUCCCCUGAAGUUACCUUUGUUUACAUGGCAUGCGACUGCAACCGCUGGCACUGAUGAAGUAAAACACACGCACACACUAAAAAAAAAAAAAAAAAAAAAAAAACCCACCACAACUUCGGUCAGCUUUCGGGACUCGAGGCAUGCUCACGCUCUGUGUGGAGAUGGUUAAUGAAUCCAGUGUUUUUGCAGUUGCAAGCUUGUGCAUUCACUGUGCAACGCUGACUGCAGGCUUUUGCAGUGGCAACAGCUCACCAAAGAUAUUAAUUACACCGUCCCCUUUUUUUUCCACGAAUGUUUGGCUAUUCGGUUCAGCGAGGAAGGAUGCCACCCACCCAACCCAACCCCGGCCAGUACGCCCUGACCAACGGCGACCCCCUGAAUGGGCACUGCUAUCUCUCGGGAUACAUCUCCCUCCUGCUGCGGGCCGAGCCCUACCCCACCUCCCGCUACGGCAGCCAGUGCAUGCAGCCCAACAACAUCAUGGGCAUCGAGAACAUCUGCGAGCUGGCCGCCCGUCUGCUCUUCAGCGCCGUCGAGUGGGCCCGCAAUAUCCCCUUCUUCCCCGACCUGCAGAUCACCGACCAGGUGGCCUUGCUGCGGCUCACCUGGAGCGAGCUCUUCGUCCUCAACGCUGCCCAGUGCUCCAUGCCCCUCCAUGUGGCUCCGCUCCUGGCCGCCGCCGGCCUCCACGCCUCCCCCAUGUCGGCCGACCGCGUUGUCGCCUUCAUGGACCACAUCCGCAUCUUCCAGGAACAGGUGGAGAAGCUGAAGGCGCUGCACGUCGAUUCGGCUGAGUACAGCUGCCUGAAAGCCAUCGUCCUCUUCACCUCAGACGCCUGUGGCCUGUCGGAUGCUGCGCAUAUCGAGAGCCUUCAGGAGAAGUCACAGUGCGCGCUAGAGGAGUACGUGCGGAGCCAGUACCCCAACCAGCCCAGCCGCUUCGGGAAGCUGCUGCUGCGGCUGCCCUCUCUGCGCACCGUCUCCUCCUCCGUCAUCGAGCAGCUCUUCUUCGUCCGCUUGGUAGGUAAAACCCCCAUCGAAACCCUCAUCAGGGAUAUGCUACUGUCUGGGAGCAGCUUCAACUGGCCUUACAUGUCCAUCCAGUGCUCCUAGAGCCCAUUCCGCAUCCCCGGCAGAGAGGCGGCGGAGCGGCGGAGACGGGAGCGCUCGCACCGAGGGGCAGUCGGGGUGCGGGGGGGGGCCCGGGAGGUGGACACUGAACAAAAGAAAGGGCCAAGUGGGAGCAGAGAUGUGGCCGUGUAGGGGAGAAGAACGGACCUCUCGUCCGUGGAGGUUGUGGUGUUUCGCUUUUUCUUUUUUUUUUUUUUUUAUUUGGCCUAUUUUCUUUUUUUUUUUUUUUUGGAGAGGAGGAAAAAAGAAAUAAAUAAUAUUAAUAAAGGAGACAAAAAAAAAAAUAAAAAAAAAUGAGUAUUGAGGGGAUAUUAAUCAAACCUGAAGGGGAUACUGGAUCUUCCAGGAUUUAUUGUGGACUGUUGCUGAUAUAUGCUGUACAGUAAAUCAACAAAACAAAAAAGCAUUGAAACUGAACUGAACCUUGUGUAGAAUGAAAAAAAAAACCCAAAAGAAGUAAACAAAGAAAAAAAUUCUACGCGCAAACACUUACCACGAACAUUGUUACUCAUUUUGUAAUAUAUUAGUCUUUAUUUUCAUUUUUGGUAAAAGUUAAAACAUCAUAUGCGCAUAAAGAAAAAAAAAGAAAGGAGAAUUAGGGGAAAAUAACAUUUUCCAAAUAAUUAUAAAAAAAAUUGUCCUGUGUCUAUGUAUCUAUAUCUGUUUUGUAUUUUUUUCUGGUUCCAAACCAGGUUUCCUGUGAUUCUAUACUAAUAAUUUUUUGAUAUAACCCUUUGCUUCUUAUAAUGAGUGCGAUAUAUGUUGUCAAAAUUGUUCUUCAAGAAUUAAAAUUGAAGUGAGAAUUUAAACAAAAAAUAAAAGAAUUUAGCAACCCCCCCCCCUACUUAUCACCCCACAAACCAUGAGUCUUGUUGUUUGAAACAUGCCAACAAUUCAC